GCGGACCAAGCACCGGAGGCCAUAACCGGGAGACAAUGGGGGAACCUGGAGCAACAGCAGGCAUGGAUCACAACGGUGAAGGAUGUAUGAAAAAUAUCUGCAAUGUGAAUCUUGACAAACUUAUAAAUGACUUCUCACAGAUAGAAAAGAAAAUGAUAGAAACCAGUGGAAAGAACAAUAUACUGGAUAUUCAGUUGGAAAAGACGAACUGUUUAUUAAAAGUAAUGCAAACAAAGGAGGUCUCAAUUAAAGAAGAAUGUGCUACUCUUCAUAAUAUAAUAAAAGGAUUACAACAGACCAUUGAAUAUCAACAGAAUUUGAAAGGUGAAAAUGAACAACUAAAAAUAAAUGCUGCUCUUAUAAAAGAGAAGUUAAAAUCUCGUGAACAGGAAUAUAAGAAUAAUAUUGCCAAACUUGUGAGUGAAAUGAAAAUCAAAGAGGAGGAACAUAAGAUAGAAAUAAGUAAACUUUAUGAGGACAUGCAGAAAAAAGUUGAAUUAAAUGAAGAAAAGCACAAAGAACUAAUAGAGAAAAAGGAGAUGGAAAUUUCAGAGUUAAAUGCAAAGUUAAAAACUCAAGAAAAAGAAAAACAAAAUGAAAUAAUCAAGCUACAGCUAGAGUUUGAUGCCAAACUAGCAAGACUUCAGACUAAAUCAAAAUCAUAUCCGGAGUCUACGGUUUUACCUCAAAGUAUCUACAGAAGGAAGCUUCAACAUUUUCAAGAAGAAAAAAACAAGGAGAUUGCAGUUCUUCGUAAUACCAUUUGUGAUUUAGAGCAACGUCUUUCAGUUGGCAAAGAGUCUUACCUUAAGUGUAGACGGUUUUGAGCUUAACAGUAAAUUCAUUAGUUGCUACCUAAUUUAUUUAAAAGCAAUUGAAACAUUCACUUGUAUUUCAAUAUAUGCAUACUGCCUAUGUAAUAAUAACAAAAGACAGCUUUAAACUUUUAAAAUUUAGUUUAUUUAGACAAAGCCAUACCUUAGCCAAUGGUGUACUGCAUUCUUGCUUGAUAGUAUUAACCAUAAAGGAAUUCAGGCUUAUAGGGUUUAGUUUACCUAUUAAACCAUCAUUGACUAUGGAAUACUUUCUAAGCAGUCUAGAGAUACACAAUAUUCUUUACCUUUCCCUUUAUAUCUUU